GCGGCUGGAGUCAGCUCCUCUGCUCUCAGGUGCAGUCCUGAGACGCUGAAACGUAGCCGAGAGCAAGGAGCCCUGGGUCUGAAUCACGGCGGCUGCUGGGAACCGCGGCGGAAGGAGCAGCUCUGGGCUGAGCUCUGCUGCUUCUAGUGGGAUGUGACAAAAGAUGUGAAAUCAGGAGAGGAAAAUGAUGAUUCUGGAAUUUGGCUCUGGCUGUCAGGGCUGACGAAAAGCGGCGGGCAACGCCUCCCGGGCGGGCUAUAAAGGGCUCCGGGGCAGAGGGGAGCCAGCACUCGCUGCCUGCGCUGCCGAGCCCCGUGUCUCUGCCAGCCUCCAGCAGCCUUCAUCAUGAGCACCACGGUCAGGCAGUUCUCCUCCUCCACCUCCCUCAAGGGCGGCCUCGGGGGAGGCUCCAGCAGGCUUUCGUCCUCGGUGCGUCUCGGGGGAGCUGGGUACAGAGCCCCCAGCGUGCACGGAGCCUCGGGCAGCUACUCCGUCUCGUCCCGCAUGGUGUCUGGGCUGGGCAGCAGCUAUGGGGGCAGCUACUGCGGCAGCGUCGGAGGGGGCCUCGGCGCUGGCUUUGGGGGUGGCUUUGGAGGCGUCUUUGGAAGUGGCUUUGGGGGCGGCGACGGGGGCAGCAGCUAUGGGGGCAGCUACUGCGGCAGCGUCGGAGGGGGCCUCGGCGCUGGCUUUGGGGGCGGCUAUGGAGGCGGCUUUGGCAUGGACUUUGGAAGUGGCUUUGGGGGCGGCGACGGCAUCCUGCCGGCUGGAGAGAAGGAGACGAUGCAGAACCUCAACGACCGCCUGGCCAACUACCUGGACAAGGUUCGUGCCCUGGAGGAGGCCAACACCGACCUGGAGGUGAAGAUCAGGGAGUGGUACAAGAAGCAAGGACCUGGUCCGGAACGGGACUACAGCCCCUACUACAGGACCAUCGAGGAGCUCAGGAACAAGAUUCUUUCUGCAACUGUUGAAAAUGCCAACAUCAUCCUGCAGAUCGACAAUGCCAGGCUGGCAGCUGAUGACUUCAGAACCAAGUUUGAGACCGAGCAGGCUCUGCGCAUGAGCGUGGAGGCUGACAUCAAUGGGCUGCGCAGGGUCCUGGACGAGCUGACCCUGGCCAGAGCUGACCUGGAGAUGCAGAUCGAGAACCUGAAGGAGGAAUUGGCCUACCUGAAGAAGAACCAUGAGGAGGAGAUGAACAUCCUGCGUGGGCAGGUGGGAGGAGAGAUCAGCGUGGAGAUGGACGCAGCUCCUGGCGUGGACCUGACCAAGAUCCUGGCAGAGAUGCGGGAGCAGUACGAGAGCCUGGCGGAGAAGAACCGCAGGGACGCCGAGCAGUGGUUCUUCACCAAGACGGAGGAGCUGAACCGGGAGGUGGCCAUCAACACGGAGCAGCUGCAGAGCGGCAAGACGGAGAUCACGGAGCUGCGCCGCACCAUCCAGAGCCUGGAGAUCGACCUGCAGUCGCAGCUCAGCACGAAAGCGGCGCUGGAGGGCACCUUGGCCGACACCGAAGGGCGCUACGGCGCGCAGCUGGCACAGCUGCAGGGGCUGAUCAGCGGCGUGGAGGAGCAGCUGGCGGAGCUGCGCUGCGACAUGGAGCGGCAGAACCAGGAGUACCGAGUGCUGCUGGACGUCAAGUGCCGGCUGGAGCAGGAGAUCUCCACCUACCGCCGGCUGCUGGAGGGCGAGGACGCGCACAUCUCCUCUCAGUACAACUCAGCUGCAUCCUCUCACUCGGGCAGAGAUGCUGUGACAUCCUCCCGCCAGGUCCGCACCAUCGUGGAGGAGGUGCAGGAUGGGAAGGUGGUGUCCUCCAGGGAGCAGGUUGCUCUCACCACACGCUAAGAGGACUCUCAGCCCCGGGCUCAGUGACCUGAGCACCAUCUGAGCCCGAAUGUGCUGGGGCUGUGCCAUGGGAGCAGCCAGCUGCCUUCCUCUGCUCCUCUCCUGCCCCAGCUGCAGGCAGUGCCACUGUGCACUCUGUACACAUAUAAUAAAGCUUUCUCCUCGUUUGUGCA